GUGUUGAAACUACACCAAAAUAGUAUAGUUUUGACACUAAAAUAGUGUUAUGGGUUGUAGAUGCUCUUAAAAUGUCCUUUUUGCCGUCUUCCUCUUGUUCUCUUCCUGCUUUACUCAUGAUUCUCUUCCUUUCGGAAUUUCAUCCAAAUAUUCAACAACCCUAUAUUUUUAAUUAUAUUCUCAUGCAGAUUAAAUAAUAAGAAUAUAUCGCCCCUUUUCUUCCAUAUAUAACACAACAUACGUAACAUGACCCCAAACCCUAUAGCAACACACUCUUCACGACUCAUAUUAUGCCGUGUACGUCAUGAGUUCAGUAGCAAGAGACCGAAAGGAACAAAUGGUAAUCCAGUCUUCAAUCGUGUUGCUUCAAGAAAGAUUCAGACAACUUCAGAGAACGCGAGAGUUAAGAGCUGAGCGAGAGCUCCUUAACCCUAAAGCUAACCACCAAGACAACAAUAUCUUACAAUAUUACACCCAACCCGCGAGUUUUGAUUUCUUCCAGUUUCUACCUCUAAACUCUCAAACAUCCUCGUCACAGCAGCUCCUCUCCCUCUCCUUAUGCCCUAUCUCCACCUCUGAUUCCACUGAAAAGCCUAGCUUUUAUCAUCACUGGCCAAAUAAAGACGACAAGAAGAAGGUGGUUGGGACUGAUCGAUACGACGAUGUUGAUACGUCUCUGCGUCUCUAAGUUCAUAAAGUUUCUCCUCAAGUCUUUUUGCUUUUAAUUUAUACAAAUGUGUGUAUAACCUUUUCUGGUCGGUAUGCUCUUAUAAGGAGUCUUGUAGCUCUUAGCGAAAAAGGCGUCUUGUAGGUGGUAAUGAUAUGUAUGUUCAAAUGCAAUCAUAUAUAGUGUUACAUGUUUCAGAGCUAAUUCUUGUGAUAUAUAUCUUAUUACAACGAUAACGAUCUACGUACUCAUUAAGUUA